AGACUUAUUUUCUAAUGACUGUCAAGAUCUAGAACAGUAUAAAUAGCCAUUGAUUUGGAAUAGUAAGUCACACUUCAACUUCAGUAUUCAUCAAAUCAACAAGUUAAUCUAAAAUAAUUCAAAAUGUUGGCAUUUAAAGUUGCAUUCUUCAUCCUGGUCGCUGCUCCAUUCAUCAGCCCAGCUCCAUCAGUUUCAUCUGGUAAAAUCGAUUGCUACAUCAACUACCUAAAAUCGAAAAAUUUCUUCAGUGAGGCUUACAGUCCAUCAUCAUCACCCAUAUCAGCUAAUUUUGCUGACUGUGAACAACUUGUUCAUGAAUUUCAUUCAGUUUCUGAAAAGACUUACAAUGACUUGUUUGCUAGAAAUAAGGAAACUGCAGAUGAACUUGAUUGCAUCAUGGCUGAAUUCCUCAAAACUGAUGCACGUGAUGAAGUUAUGCUCAACGUCGUCUAUGAAAAUAAAAGAUUAGAAGGUGAAAUUAACAAGGAUUUGUACUGCAAAUUAUCAGAAGAUGCCAAGCAAAAGACCAAGGAUUUCAUCAUUCAAAGCGUUGAUAGCUGCAUUCCAAACUCUAAAUUUGCCAAGACUUUUGCAUUCCAUACAGAAUGUACUGAUCCAAAGGCUGAAACUAAAGUUGCUGGUGUUAAGAUAGAAACAUCGACAAGAUCAAUUGGUCUUGCUGCAGCAUUGUAAAAUUAUUUAUAAAUUUGUGUGUAUUUUGUGACGGAAACCAGAGUUUAAGUAGCAAUGGAU